AUGGAACAGCAUUAUCUUGAUUUCACAACAAAUAAAGAGGAGUCAUAUAAUAUUCCAUUUACUAUGAGAGAAUUUGAAUGGGCUCUCUCAAAGUGUAAAGAAUCUGCUCCUGGUCCUGAUGAAAUUUCAUAUUCUAUGAUCAAAGCAUGCGCUCAGAAUACUAAAAGAUUUAUCCUCAGUACCGUUGUCACAACCUUUGAUGGGGGGCCAAGAUUUACAAUAAGUAUUGUUAAAACACAAAAGUUAACCGACGAUCAUGUUCAGUUUUUAAUAUAUCAAGUGUUGAGAGGACUUAAAUACAUCCACUCUGCAGGCAUUAUCCACAGAGAUCUGAAGCCAAGCAACAUUGCUGUUAAUGAAGACUGUGAACUGAAGAUUCUGGAUUUUGGAUUAGCAAGACCCACUGAAUCAGAAAUGACAGGAUAUGUUGCAACCAGAUGGUAUCGUGCACCAGAGAUCAUGCUUAAUUGGAUGCAUUAUAAUCAAACAGUUGAUAUAUGGUCAGUUGGCUGCAUAAUGGCAGAACUUCUUACUGGAAGAACACUUUUCCCUGGUGCUGAUCAUAUAGAUCAACUGACCAAGAUCAUGAAGUUGGUUGGAACGCCCAGUACGGACCUUAUUGAUAAACUCUCCAGUGAAGAGGCACGUAACUACAUUCGGUCCUUACCACAGAUGAGAAAGAAGGACUUCCGACAAGUAUUCCGUGGAGCCAAUCCACUGGCUGUUGACCUGCUGGAGAAGAUGUUGGAACUAGAUAGUGAACGAAGAGUAACAGCAGCUCAGGCAUUAGCUCAUCCUUAUCUUGCCCAGUAUGCAGAUCCAUCAGAUGAACCUGAUAGCGAACCCUAUGAUCAAAGCUUCGAAGAUAUGGAACUACCCACAGAAAAGUGGAAAGAACUUGUUUACAAGGAAGUGACAGACUUUACUCCAAAGCCUACUGUUGUUGCUGAGGAAGCAGAGAAGGCACAGUCAGCUUCAAAGUGAUUGUUUUAGUCGAACAUGAAAACCACUUCGUAUUGUGUAUCUCAUGCCAUUGUCAGAUACAUUUUAUUUUUUCUCUUAAAUAUGAAUAAAUUUUAGCAGAUCUCACAGGCAGUUAUGACUGUCAAAGUACUGACGCAUAUAUGCAUGGUAUAUAGUAUGAUAGUAUGGUUGCACACUUCUUCUUUAUACUAGUAUUACCUCAGCGGAAGUAAGUUUUCAGCCCAUGUGCCUGAGAGUGGUUUUAACUGUAACAAAAAUUAUCAUCAGCUAUAUACUGACCUUAAAGAUUUUAACCUUAAUCCUCAAGUUGUUUUCUAAUUAUAAGCAAGGUAUCAUCCAUGCAUAGAGAUUCAAUAUUAGCAGGGACUAUUAAUUUUGAUUUCAGUCAUCCUAAAAUUAUUCAAGCAAUGACUGAUUAUAGCUGCUUCUAAGUUUUUCUUACCCUAAUGAUAAUAGUUUUAGAAUACUCAUGCCCUUCUUUCACCAGUUAUUAUGAUAGUUUCAUGUUCCACAGUCAUAUGCCAGUUUUGUCCGUGUAGUUUGAUACGAGGCAAGAAUAUCACAAACGUUAAGGUAUUUUAUAUAAAUUCUUAAGCUCAUAUAUGUCAUUUUUAAGGAAUCACAAUAGUGCCAUUACAAGCAACCAGAUUUGUAACUAUUCUGUAUGAUCAUGUGAAAGUGAAAACAGGUGUAUGUUUCCCCACAAGUAUGAAUAUUACUGUUAAGGUAACUGCAAAGUCAGUGUAGUUCCUAAUCACAGUGAGAUUAAUUUUAAUUGAAAAGUACUGUGCAGUACUUUACUGUUUCAUAAGUUCUAUCUUUCUGAGAAGCAAUUUCAAUGUUGGCCAUAAUAAUUUUGUCACGGAAGGGUUUGUGUAUUUCUGGUGUUUGCAGGUAGACUCAGUUUCCAAUCAUAAAUGAUUGGCCACAGAAUCUUGCUGCAGCUCAUGAACUGUUAGUAGUACAGCUAUACAUAUUGUAAGUUUUGUCCUACAUGAUUAAUAUUGCUUCAGAAGUGAAGAGCCCAAUUUCUAAGUAACAUUAUUGAAAGUGUUUGGUUGUUUCAUUAUUACAAGACCGUAGUUUCCAAUAUUACAAGAAUGUAGUACAGAUUGAAGUGGUGUUCUCUUGAAUUCAAGAGUUGAAGUCUUCUUUUUCUCCAGAUAGCAGAUAGAAGAUACAAAAUAUUGUUCAUUUUAAUAUUGUAAAUAUUGCUGAUAUGCCAUAGUUAUUAUGUACAAAUGGACAAAGUGUUCUUAAAUAUGGCAUAUCAAAAGCUGAAGCUCUUUUAACUUUAAUGCUUUGGUCACAUCAGUAGGUAACACAGUAUGUAUGGAGUUACUGAACAGGCAAUUAUCCAAAUAAUUUGUUUUCUUUGGUAAUUUUGAAUCGGUUUUCCAAGUACCAGAAAAUGCAGUAGCCUGUACAACUAAAGAAGAGUAAUUGAUACAUAUAGGAAAAAAAAAUGUUUGUAAAUGCUUAGUUGUACAAUUUUGCAUUUUAUGUGACCAUGGCAUAUGAUUCUACAAGCCAGUGACUUUGUUUGCCUGUGUCAGUUCGUACACUUAAGAGUAUGUGUUGUCUAAUUUUUGUUUGGUAAGAUUGUUACUGUAAUUGUUUUCUUUUCAAUGCUAGAAUGUAGUUGAGAAUGUGAACUCAAUCUGUGAGGCGAGAGUAUGAAAAUAUUGUACAAUAUAUAUAUAUACACUAGCAUU